CUACAGAACAGCACAUACACCCGUCAGGCACAGAAAAGUUCCCACCUUGCUUUCCUAAUCCCACCGCAGCAGCAGCAGCGCAUGAUGGGAGGAUGACCAGCCCGGGAAUCGCUGUGUGAGGCCAAUCAUCUGCCCUCACUAGUGACCAGCCCCGGGAGGGAUUUCCCGUGUGCCCCCGCCCCCUGUGCAUCGUCCCGUGUUGGAGUUACUGAUGCUGGCCGCUGAUGCCUAGCAAGGGCAGAUACUGUCGCCGCCGCCGCUACUGCUUCCUGCUGGUAGUGUGAGGAGGAGGAGGAGGACGGGUAUCUGUGCCGGGCUCUCAUACAUAUACGCAUCUGCAUGAGGCCUGAUCAGAGCUGUCAGCAGGAUUUAUCCCAUAUUCUGAACCAGGAGCACCAUAUUGUUUUUAAAAGCUUACGAAAUGCAGUCACUGAGUAGGCAGCCGGUGGGGGCAUCUGUGGAGAAGAGACAGCAGCGUCCGAUUGAGCAGCUCAUUAAUAAAACAAAGAAAAUGACUCUGUUUGUUGAGAACAAAAUACAAGUUUUAGAGGACCAACAAGACACAUAUCUCUUCAGAUAUAAAACUUACAUAGAAUUUUCUGAACAGUCUGCAGAUCCAAAUAUGGAGAGAAAACUGGAGAUACAAAACCAGCUCAAGCAGUUGAUCGAAAACCGCAAGGAAGUUCUCGACCAAAUAAAAGAACUGCUUGAGCACUGUGAAACUUUUCUCAGCAUUUUGGUACAAGAAAUAACCAUAUGGCAAAGGUUGUCUUGCAUUGGAGCUAACACAAAUAGUCUCGAGCAAAUAGAAGCUUGGGUGACUGAGAUUGUGAAAGUUUUCCUUCAGCUGAAAUGUCUCCUGGGCAUUCUUAGUGAGCUUUCAGAGAAGGUACCAUAUGAUGGGGACCCCCUGACUGACCCUCAACAGCUGAUGCAGAGACUACUUGCAAUGCUGCGCUGUCUUGUACAGAAAUCAUUUGUGGUGGAUAAGCAACCAGUCAUGACCGAACAUUUGAAUCAUCCCUUGGUAGUGAAAACACGCACACAGUUCUGUGUGAGAGCCAGACUCCUUGUGAAGCUGCCAAACCUCUGCCACAACAGGAAUGUCUCUUAUGUAUUAGACAAGGACCCUCCGAAUAUCAAAGGAUACCGCAGAUUUAAAUUAUCGGGGCCAGAUGCCAAGACCAUGGAAGAUUCCCAGCAAGAGGGAUUGGUGGUAGAGUACAAAUAUUUGCAACUGAAAGCUGAGCAAGCUGGGAAACGUGUAAAAGGAGGUAAAGGUGCGACUGAUGGUUCAUCUACUGUCAUGGAAGAGCUUCAUAUAAUUACCUUGAUGACGCAGGUUGAAUAUGAGGGUGUAAAUUUGAUUUUAGAGGCUGCCACGCUGCCUUUUGUGGUGAUCUCCCACCUCUCCCAGCUUGUAGGAGCGUUUGCAUCAGUGCUUUGGUUCAACUUACUGAGCUCAGACCCUAAGGAUGUGACUUUUUUUUCCAAGCCUCCAGCAGCCCCAUGGAGCCAACUGGCUGAGGCCCUCAGCUGGCAGUUCUCAUGCUGUACUGAGCGAGGGCUGGACUCAGACCAGCAGGAGAUGCUGAGAGAGAAGUUGUGUGGGAAUAUACCUCAAGAGGACUGCAUUGUGACAUGGAAGAAAUUUGCAAAGAAAAACAUGCCCAAAUGUGAAUUUACCUUUUGGGUAUGGUUUCAUGCAGUUGUGGACCUUGUGAAAACGCAUCUGGAAAACAUCUGGAAUGUCGGCUAUGUGAUGGGAUUUGUGAGUCGCAGUAGGGCGGAAGCUCUUCUGAAGACCAUGCAACAGGGUACUUUCCUGCUCCGCUUCAGUGAAAGUCUUUGUGAUGGAGGGAUUACAUGGUCGUACGUGGAUCAUCAGCCUCAUGGAACCUAUAAUAUCCAUUCUGUGGAUCCAUUCAAAAAGAAGGAGUUGAAGGAAAUAUCCUUUACUGAGUGCAUCCGCACCUACCAUGUUUUUCCUCAAGAAAACCUCAGAGAGAACCCACUUAAAUAUCUAUAUCCAAACAUACCCAAGGAUGAGGCAUUCGGGCCAUACUAUAAGCAAACAAGUAAAGAUGAACAAGGCUACAGAAAGCGCAGACUGAUUAUGGUUUCUGAAAGUCUCUCGAACGACUCCCAUGUUAGUACUGCUUCAGGAACACCCCUGCAUUACCCUGAAACUCCACAUAAUGACCACAGUAUAUCUGUCGAUGGGCUUAAAGUUACUAAAGAGGAUAUUUCAAUGGACCAGCUGCUAAAUGGGAGUCAAGAACAAACCAUUCUGGUAGACAGUGUACAAGACAAUAUUCAUAUUAUGCAUCCAAACACCAUUUUCGUUCCUUUCGGGGGAAGGACAGAAAGCAGUACAGAAAUGCACAAUGCUUGUGGAUGGAUACAAUCUGCCACCAUUCCAGUAAGCAGCAGUACAUCAAGUAAGGUGGACGACUCUCAGACUAGUAUUUCUUCAGGAACAACCCUGCAUUACACUGAGACUACACAUACUGACCACAGUAUAUCGGUAAAUGGACUUGAGGUUCCCACAGAGGAGGACCUUUCAAUCGACCAGCUCCUUAAUGAAAUACACAUGGAAGACUUUCUGAUGCAUCCAAACUUUGAUCCUAUGAUCUCAAGUCUGUCUGGGGAAUAUUAUGAACUGUCUUUGACAUCUGACUUUGACCAGUAGGACACAGCUGAAUGCCCUAUUCACCAACACCACUGCCCUCUGAAUGGGAGCUUAUUUCUACCCUCAUUUACUUUAUGCAUAUUGGAGAUUAAAUGUUUCAUUUUGGAAAAGUUAAAUGAGCUUUGUAGAGAGAAAAUGUAUUUAUAAAAGAACAUUAGAAUUAACGCCCAAGGGGCCCUGUGUACAGCGAAUGUGUCCUCAUACACCACGUUUUAAUACGUCAUGCGGCGCAAGAUAUCUGGCGUGACAGAGCCGCACUAACCAGUGUAGCGUAGCAACUUUUUAUUUAAAUUCGCAUCCUAGAUGUAGCGAACUACCACCCAACACGCCAGUCCAGGGAGUUUGGUAAAAAUAGUCUCAGCCAGUGGUGGUUCCAGAGGUGGGGCUUAAGCACAGUCCAAAAUACAAAUAGCGGAGCCACACCAACUGCCAGUGAGUCCCGGCCGGCUAUGUUUAGCAGCGUUGCGGGGGGGGAGCAGUUGGGUGGCUCCCGCUCUGGAGCCACCACUGUUCUCGGCUAUUUUUAUUUGCAGCAAAAGUAAAAAUAAAUCAAACAUAAAUCCUAGCCUGUCUGGCUCCGAGUAUACGGUAAGUUUCUCUCUUUAUGGGGGCUCAUGUAAUAGCCUGUCAGCCGUAAGUUUGCGGACAUUCUGGAGGGUCUGCCUAUAUUUUUAAAGCUGCAAUCAUUUUAAAGGCAAAACCAAACUACCUCAACUGGGCCUAAUGGAUGGAGCUCGCCCUCACUCUUCAUCUGUAACACCAAGAACCCUUAUCUGGCUUUUGACAAAUAUACCUGUCCUCAAACACAAUUCCAGUGCUUUUAUCACAGUAAAUAAUAGCUAUAUAAAUUUGAUUCAGUUAAUUAAAAUAAUAAAGUAAAAUACUAAGGGAGUUAUUCAAUUUGUCCCGAGGGUGCUGGGUGAUAAUUAUCGGCGCUGGGGGCUAUUUAAUUCCCCCCCGAUAAGCUGGCGCGUGCAGCGGCUUAUCGGGGGUUUUGCCUCACCUGCCUCCGGCAGGCGUAGCAAAAUGCCCGAUAACAGACACGUUUCAUCCGAAAACGAGGCUAUUUCACCCGAAAACACACAGGUUUCACUGAACCUGUGUGUAUACGGAUGAAAAAGCAGAUUUUACCGGCCGAGCAAAUUAAAUAGCCUGACCGCAGCACCCGAAGAAACAUCAGGGGUUUUUACUCCCGAUGUCCCUUCGGGCCAAAUUGAAUAUCCCCCUAAGACCGUUAAGUUGUUAAAAUGAAUUGCCACAAAACUGAGUUUUAAUUUAAAAUUUUUUUUUCCAAUGGCAUCUGCUGGACAUCUGUUCCAAUAGGGCAGUGGUACCCAGUCCUCAAGGAGCACUAACAGUUCGUGUUUUCCAGGUCACCUGUGGAUUUUUUAAAUGUGAGUUAGUCAUACACAGUGCACCUGCCGGGUGAAUUGGAAAAUGUGGACUGUUAGUGCUUCUUGUGGACUGGCUUUUGGAACCACUGAUAUAGGUAAUAACAAUCUGUCUUGAAAUAAAUCUGUCAAUAAGUGAAAUGACUGAUUAGGCUAGUGGGCGGCAGUAAUUGCCAUUCUGUAUCUCAGCAAUACUGUACAUAAGGUUGGAGAAACCGCUGGUCUCUCUGGCAUACUGUAUGAACGCUAUAUUAUGUAACACAAAUUUGGGAAUACCCUUCUAGGUGCUUCACCGCUUAAUAAAUAGACCGCUAACUGAGCAACUGCUCUUCAGCUGCCAUUAGCACUCUUGGUUUUUUGUAAGGUGUCUUGGGGCACUUUGCUUCAUAUGGUUCCUCCUACGACUUCUGAGUAAAUUUGGAACUCUGUGAACACAAAUCUAUAUUUUUAUACUCUACAGAAGCUUUGAAAAACAAUUAUUUUUUUCCCUUUCACGAGUACUGCAAAUUGUAGUAUUGUGCCACAAUCCAUUAGCUACAGAAAGUACUGUAUGUUUCCUGCAUUCUCAUAGAACUGUAGUUUACUAUCCACUGUAAGGGCCCGAUUCAUACCCGAUCGCUGCUUGUGUGAACUCGCAUGAUUAUCGAAUUACUGCGUAUGCACUGCAAUGCACAGGUGCAACGCCAAACAGUGACAGAAUGGCACGAAAAUUUCGAUCUUUAGGCGUAUGCAAGGUGAUUGACAGAAAGCAGGCAUUUGGGGGCGGUAACUGCCCAUUUUAUGGGUGUGUCAGGAAAAACGCAUGCGUUCCAAAGCAUUUUCAGGAAGGGUGUGUGACGUCCGCUCCAGACCCAAUCAGCCGGUUUGUGUCGCACUGUAGGAGUAAGUCCUGGGCUGCACACAGUCUGGAAGAAUAAUUCGAUGGUGAGUGAGAUGCAAACAGCGUAAACAUGCAUUUUCACACUUGCAUGGGCCGGGUUUCCACUCUCUAUGGGCAGCGGCUAUCUGAUCGCAGACCUCUGCAAAAACGCACAGCAGCGAUCAGGUCUGAAUUAGGGCCUAUGUACAGAAUGAAUUUCAAUUUUUAUUGUAUUACAAGUUACAACUGGUAAUAUUCAAAUUAAAUAAAACAAAUCUUAUGUCAUUAUA